AUGCCGCGCUGCCAUUGGCUGGCCGCUUCCCCUGAGCGAACCUUUAGAACUCCGAGACACAAUAUUCUGUUACAUUGUAGCAAAAUGGCGACUGUCAUUCACAACCCCCUGAAAGCACUCGGGGACCAGUUCUACAAAGAAGCGAUCGAGCACUGUCGCAGCUACAACUCUCGGCUGUGCGCUGAGCGAAGCGUCCGCCUUCCCUUCCUGGAUUCCCAAACUGGGGUAGCUCAGAACAACUGCUACAUCUGGAUGGAGAAGAGACACAGGGGACCAGGCCUGGCCCCAGGUCAGCUGUACACGUACCCAGCACGUUGCUGGCGCAAAAAGAGGCGUUUGCAUCCCCCUGAGGACUCCAGGCUGAAGCUGCUGGAAAUUAAACCUGAAGUUGAUCUGCCUCUGAAAAAAGAUGGAUUCACCUCAGAAAGCACAACUCUGGAAGCCUUGCUGCGUGGAGAGGGGAUAGAGAAAAAAACAGACACUAAAGAGGAAGACACUAUACAAGAAAUCCAGAGGGUUUUAGAAAAUGAUGAAAAUGCAGAUGAAGUGAAUGAGGAAGAAGAUUUGGAAGAAGAUAUUCCCAAACGAAAGAACAGGCCUCGAGGACGGCCAAAGACCCCCACCUGGAAAAAAAUUUUCCAGAAAAAUGCUCGUGGGUCUGGAGGUGGCAGGAGACGGAACGAUGCUGCCUCCCAGGAUGAUCAUGACAAACCCUAUGUUUGUGACAUCUGUGGCAAGCGUUACAAGAACAGGCCUGGGCUGAGCUACCACUAUGCUCACACCCACCUCGCCAGUGAAGAGGGCGAUGAGGCCCGUGAGCAGGAGACCCGCUCUUCCCCUGUGCACAGGAACGAAAACCACAAACCCCAGAAAGGACCAGAUGGGGUCAUCAUUCCCAAUAACUACUGUGACUUCUGCCUCGGAGGCUCCAACAUGAACAAAAAAAGCGGCCGGCCUGAGGAACUUGUGUCGUGCUCAGACUGUGGGCGCUCUGGACACCCGACCUGCCUGCAGUUCACCACUAACAUGACUGAGGCUGUUAAAACCUAUCAGUGGCAGUGCAUUGAGUGCAAAUCCUGCAGCCUUUGUGGGACCUCUGAGAACGACGACCAGCUGCUCUUCUGUGAUGACUGUGACCGUGGCUAUCACAUGUAUUGCUUGAAUCCACCAGUCUUUGAGCCCCCAGAAGGGAGCUGGAGCUGUCACUUGUGCCGGGAGCUGCUCAGAGAGAGAGCAUCAGCUUUUGGCUUCCAGGCCUGACGACCUCCAGCAGUCAAGAAAACACUUUGCUCCUGGUGUUGCCAAUACCAGCACACAAUUCCCACCCAGAACACAACAAAGACACAACCCACAUCAAAACAAACGGACACUUGAAUCCAGGAAGAGGUAUCUGUGGUAUCCCCUGUCCCUAACACCACAGCUCCUGGGCUCUGCUAGAAGGAAGGCUCGUGUGCUUUCCCGACGCUCUGGAUGGAAUCCCUUCACUGCUAUGCAUGGCUGCUGCUUCCCCUUAUGGGCUCACAGGCAUCAAAGAAGGGGGAGGGUUGUUAUACCGACAUGGAGAAGCCCCUUUUGUGUGGCCUUUUGCUUUCUGUUUGGUCUUCUUUUAAAAGGAGGAGUAGUAAGAUACCUCCCGAGGAAUUCUUGGUGAGUACUUUGUGUGGAAGCAGCUGUUUCUCUUCACCAGCUCGACUGGAAAUCUCUUCCCUUCAACCACUCUGUAUUCAUCAGGGAGCUUUGAGAGUUGCAUUAGCUCAAAUGCUUCCCAGGCCACGAGCAUUGCCUUGUCACUGGGAGAAGCACGGAUCAGAACUUUUGGGGUGACACUUUUCCUCCCUUGGAUCCAAACCCCUUGGAUUUGGCACACCUUUAGAAGUGUGGGUUUAGUAUCCCUGAAGGAAGAACAACACCAACACACACACACACUGAUGCCUAGGUAAAAGCCUUUGGUCCUUCAGGACGUGCACCCUGUCCCACUGCUGUGCCAGCAUCCAGCAUCCAGCAUCCAGCCCAGGCUCACGUUUUCACUCCUGUUACAGACAAUGGUGAAUGGUUCUGUGUGAACUGACUGGCUGCCCAGCUCAGAAAACUCCCCAGAAGGAAAACAUCAUCUUAGGUAAAAUAUCUGGGUUUCUGAGCAAAGGAAGCUGCAAAAAAAAAAACCCCAACCAGGAACAGCUUUGGCUUUUGUUUAAUUAUUUGACACUUCUGGUUAAAUUUUUUGGCCGUUUUUAAACUGGAAUGUGCAGCAACUUCAAGUUGCAUUGAAUUCCAGGGAUUGCCUCCUCGGGACUUCCACAAUUGCCACAAUGUUCCUGCUCUUUGGCAAAGUAAUGAUCAAGAUUCAGCUCAAUUUUCAAAUCAUUUUGGCCCCAAAAUUUCUCUACAACCACAUGGUAAAAGUGAUAACUUGUCCAAAAGAAACCCACAUCCCCCAACCCUUUCCCAGCUCUAAAGAAGAGAUGAAUUCACUGACUUUAAUGUGAGAAGAAAGGUGCUCAGAACCAUUUGAACAUGUAAAUAGAAAUAGUUGUACCUUAUUUUAACAAACCUGAAGUGAAACAUUAAGCAAGAUCGUCAGUUGGGAAAAAACCCCCCACGGUGACACUUGUGUCUCUCUGAAUGAUUUGAGACAGCACUAGGAGUGAAGAAUAUCUGCCAGGUACAUCUAAAGAUGCGUCUCCACUGAACUGCCAGCUAGCCCAGAAUGAGCAUUUUCUUGGGUGUGAUGUCUAUGACUCUCUAUGCACAAAUGUGAGUGAGUUUAUGUGAUACCUUUAUGAGAGUCCCAUGCAGCCUGUGGCUCAGGUUGCUUGUACGAGUAGGGAAAGGGCACCGAAGAGCACAUUUGGUGUGUUUACCUUGGUUUAAAGUUUCCUGCAAAAUCAAAUGCCCCCAAACACUCUUUGAAAGGACAUUGUGAGCUAAUUUUUCUUCCUUCUCCUGCUAAUUACACUUAGUUAGAAUGAGCUGUGCUGACCCUACUGCACCUUCCCUCAUUAUUUAGAUAGUUGCCUUCACCUUGUGCGUUUUCUUCAGCCCGUGCGCCAAGAGCUGCUGGGUUCUCCCACCUACUGUCGUGGCCUCUUCUCAAGCAGCAGCAGCAGGAGUAUUUUCACCUGUUAGAAAAGGAUUUAGAAAGCAUUUUUUUCCUAGUUGUAUUGGACCAAAUCUCUCCUGGAGCAGCUGCACUGGCUCUCUGCAGAAUUCGGUCGAUAGCUUCGGGCUUUCCGUGUGACGGCCCCUCGGAUGAGCUGAGAGUACAGAGCAAUUUGAGCAUCUGGUGCAGGGAGGGUAAAGCAGGAGCCUGUGGAUCUCUGUUAGGUGUCUGCUGUCUGUUGUUGAGGCUGGUAGAAAGUCCUGUGGCUGCUGUGGGCAGGAGCACAAAUGCACAUUCACCAGAGACACGCCAUGGCUCUCUCAUGGAAAGUGUCUUGGCAGGAGGGGCUGGAACUGAGAAGUGUGUGUGCUGGAGGAAGGUUUUAUGAUGGUGCAGCAGAGGUGGGCUGGUGUUUGGGCUGGUGUUUAGCUACCAGGCCUGCUGGGCCUCAGGAAAACAUCCAUCAUCUUCUAGUUUCCUGGUGUUUGCUUUGAGCCUGGGAGAGGAGCAGGACAACGUCUGCAUUGGCACAUGGAGAGGGAAACGCGUGUUGUUUGAGCCUGUGUGUUAAGCAGAUGGUGGUGGCUCAUCAAGUAAGUCUCAGGUUGGUGGGACUGGCAGGUACAGAAAGCCACUGCUCUCCAUCCCUGUGACAGAGACUUUGCUAAAUGAGUUGUGCUCCUCACACACACCUGCUCCCCUAUUGUGUGGGUUUGAUCCGUUGUGCAGACCGAAUCCCCUCCCACAUCCAUUCUGCAGUGAUUCACUUUUGGAAACAUCCCUGGAUGGCUUGCUGAAGUCUCACCACUCAUGAGGUAUGAGGGAAGGAGGGAUUGCUAGAUCUUCAGUGCCUAAAUGUUGUUUGCUGUUUGAGGUCAGUGUAAGAAGACGCUCAUCCACAAUGGUCUGGCUGCAUAUCAUCUCUCCACCUCUGUGCUGUGUUGCUCCAGGUAACUUUGGCAAUAGGAUGAGAGGCAAGCUCUCCCAUGCUGAGAACUUCCUCCAGCUGCAACCUCCCCUCUUCUUUAGCUUGGUAUAAGAUAAAGGGAUGGGAUGGACAGGUCAGUGACACUUUUUGCUUGGGUUCAGAGCCGUGUGCCAUAGUCACAGAAUCAUCAAGUGGUUGGCGUUGGAAGAGACCUCUAGAGAUCACCCAGCCCAAGCCCCUGCUAAAGAAGGUUCCCCUCCAUCAGGUCACACAGGAAUGUGUCCAGGUGGGUUUAGAAACCUCCAGAGAAGGAGCCCCCACACCCUCCACAAUGUCUUGGCACACUUUAGAACUAAUAACAGUUCCACUAAGCGAACAAGGCUGUCCCAGCUUCAGCGAGGCAUGGAGAGGUUGUGGCACAGCCACGGAGAGGAGGGAGAGGGGUUUAGAAACUCUGGUAACUGAUUCCCCUGUCACUCCCUUGGAGGCAGCAUCCCUGCAUGACCACCUGGAUGAAUGACUUUGGGGUGACAGCAUCCACUGUCUGGCAAGUCUUGAGACCUCCUGUAGCAGCCAUCUGGUCUGGGCAGGAACCAGCAUGAGGACUCUGGCUCUGGAUGCUUCUCCCUGUCUUGCUGGAUGUGCCAGUGUGUUGGCAGCCCCUGAGGUGAGCAAACUCUGACAUAUUCCAUAACUCUUCUGUUUGAGCAAGGCAGGCAAGAUGUUAGCACCAAUCAAGGCCAGCUACCAUGGGAGGUGGUAGGACUUGUAUCCCUUGAAGUCCUCAAGAAUUAGCAGCUUCCCAGAAGAUGUAUUUUAAUUAAACACAAUCUUAGUUAAUCACAGGGAUGUCUGACUGGAAAAAGGCUUGUGUUAGGGAUGAAGUCAGGCUGGAUAAUGCCACUGUUCUUCCUGUCCUCAUUAGGAAAACCAGAUGUUUACAGUGGGAGAGGAUGUAUUUAAAUACAAGCUGUGUCUGCAGGAUGGCCUUAAAGUGCAUUAGUUAAACAUAUUGAUGGGAUCUUUCUCAUUUGUUACCCAUUUUGGUUAACCUAGAGGAGGGCAGUUCCAGCAAACCACCUUCCUGAUGCAGUGAGUGGCACGUUGCCUGCCUCAGACCCACCCUGGCAGCUGCAUUGGCAGUGGCUCCCCCAGGAGAUCAGACGAUUCAGGCUGUGUUGCAUGAAGCCAUGGCUUGGUUCUGGCUUUCCCUCCACUCACCUUUGUGUGAUGUGCUGCUGAUUUUUCUGCCCUGUGACAGGGAGACUGGCUGGGGAUGGGAGCUGCUGCAGUGGCAGCCUCAGAAGCCAGAGGGGUGAGGGAACGGUCACAGCAAGGGGGUGUCGUGUCACUGAGGAGAGGAGCUCAUGAUACCACCCCAGAGCCUGGAGAAGGGAUUACCUUUAAGAAAUGAGACAAGUCCCACUCUGCCUCCAAGCUGUACUUCCAUAGACAUGUUUUUGGCCUGAGUUUCCAGCUUUUCUCUAAACAUACACGUCAGUGUGUUCUUCUGCAGCAAACGUUGCUCCAAACUUUGGGAUCCCUGUUCCUCAGCUCCCUUCAAAAGCUGCUUAGCAAAUUCUGCCCCCAAGGAAGACUCUCUCCCACCAUGCAGCAGUUGCAGGGCUGCUGGGUGUUCUUUACACCUAGGGCAGGUGUUUUGACAGGGGUCAUUUGGGAGGUGAGAAGUGGAUGGGGGUAGAAAGGCAUAUUAAUGAAGGCUGGCAGUGCCGCAGGGGCAGCGUGUGCACUGUGUGCAAAGACAUUCCAGCCAGAGCUGGCCAGGAGUUUGGAAUAAAUGUAUAUAAAUGCUUUUUUUGAGGGAACCACAAUUAUUCCCAUAUCCAAGUUCAAUGUGGCAAAGCAUUUCACACUCAAACUAACGGAGGGAUAACCAGAAGAGCUUCAAACUCACGUUUCGAGCUUCUUAGAGUGAAUCCCUUCCAUGUCUUUACAUUGCAAAGUAAAUGAAACCAACCCCACCCAGCUUAAACAGCCUUAAUUUGAGAAGACAACAUAUAAUGUGGGACUUUGAAGCAUUUCAGGCCUAUCUGAGGAGAGUCUUUCCCAAGUCUCCACGUCAGUGUGAUAUCCACCACUGUGCAUCUGCUUGACUCAGUCCCAGCGUGUCAAAAAACUGCAUUAGUGAGAACUUUGCAGUUGUCUACUGAGUAACCAGGGCUGCGAGGAUUGGGAGCACAAGUUGGCUGUCCUGAUGGCUAACUCUUAGCAUGAGGCAGGGGGCAUGUUCAUUACCCUCCUGUCUCUCCAGCUGCUCCUCUGGGGUGUCUGGUGAGUCCUAUCGAGGUGCUUAAUUGGAGGGGGGAGAAAGGUAAAGGAUAACAAUUGCUUCUGGGGAACAGAGGGGGUUUUAGGGUUUACCCUUUUAAUGUCAGUGAGGAUGCCAGGCAUUUUGCAGCUUGGGGAAUCAAGCCAGUAGGUCACUGAUGUUUGCUGUGUGCUCCUGCCACGUUACAGUGCAUUUAGGACACGUUGUCAGUGCUGGUUUGAGAGGGGGAAACGGCUCUUUCCAGAUGAGCUUCCCUCCCUUUGCAUAGGUGACGUUAACAAUAAGACACUUCAUACCCCCAGAUUGCUGAUUUUUCAGGUAUUGAUGUUUUCUUUCAGGCUCCUGUCAAUCCAGCCAUCCAUCUGAUGCAGUUCAUUGUCACAAACUAUAGGUUUCACCUCCACAGUGACUCGGGAAACAUUUCCUCUCUCCUCACUUUUCAAAAGGCAAUGACAGCCAAGGGCAGCUUUUAUUCUCUGUGCUCUGAAAGAGUGAUGGAGAACAACAAAUCCCUUUCAUGUUCAUUUCCUUUCUGUAUCUUGACUGAUGGAAUUGGUUGGCUGGGAGAGAGAGUUCCUUCUUGCAGCAGUCUGAAGGGUCUUUGCUGGCACGUCUCACCACUGCAUGAGGCACCACAGGCUGUCCCCUUGGUUAAGACUCUUUCUGCUCUUGCCAUAUUGGACUUUGAAACUGCUAGUUGCUAUCAUGUGUCUACAGUCCUGACAACCAAGGCAAGGAUCUCCCUUAGAUUCCUCAAGAUUCUCUGCCUGGAAGGCCAAACCCCCUGCUGCCCAUGAACUCUGCUGGAGCACAGAGCUGCUUCCAGCCCAGACAUCUGCUGCUGCUGGACUCAGGACUGCAUUUGGAUGUCUGCUAUGCACUGCCAGUGAAAACUUUGCCAGCAACAUUAAAAGGGCAGUAUCUGUUGAAAAUCAAAGGAUGAGACAUGAAUGUUAUGCCUAAUGUACCCUUCCUCCAUAGCUCUCCUAGGAGCAGAGCACGAGAUGUGCCCCUGCAUCCUUUUGGGAGGGCUUUAGCACGAGGAAUCUCCAAGUGUUGUCUCCUUUGAGCUUCAUUACAGAACACCCUGCAUUGUUAUUUUCUUCCCUUCCAAUGUAUUCCUGGCUUUUAGCAGCAGUGUGUAGCAAAGCUCCCAGAGCAAUGAGGAAAUAGAGGUCCAAACCAAACCAUCAGCUUUUAUCUCCCCCGUUGAAGUGUUCCACCAACCCAUGAUCAUCACAGGGAAUCCAACCUGCUUGCUGACUCAGUCCCAGCUCAGCAUUAAGGGUUUGUAUAGACUCUUUUGUAGUGUCCUUUAAAAAUGCAGGGAGAAAUGUUUCCUCUUUACCUUGAUGCCUUUCCAUCCUUUGUGUUGCAGCAAAGACCAACAGUCUUGCUGUUUACUCUGACUUUCUUCCAGCACUUCAACCUGGGGCUGAAGUGAUGGGGACGAGCCUGGGAAUAAUUAUUUCCUGGAACUGCAGAUGUAAAGAGAGGCUCAAGAGCAUUCCUGUCAAUCUUCAGCUGGGCUAGACAGUCAGAUCUCCUAAGAGCCAAAGGUUUGUGUACAUCUGAAGUCAUUGCUUCACCUUUCCUGCCUCUGUCCUUUCAGGCUGAGUGUGCCCUGGGUAUACAUGUGGCUUAUUCACUUGGGAAAACCAAAUUAGGGUGUUUGCUGAGUUAGGAUCCUUUAUUUGACUUUGGUACAACGUUGUCCCCAUUAUUCAAAAGGGGAAUAGGAGGGAGAUAAAGCUGUGAUAUCAUAGUGGAGCUCGCAGCUCCAAACUGUGAUGUCAUCACCUUUCAAGUGCACUUUCCAAAUGCUUUUAGUAGUGAUCCCAACAUAGUGAUAUUCCCAUUAAUGCAUUGGUGGAGCCUUCCUGUGUGAUGCAGUAGACUGAACUUCAAUCAGACAGAGAUUUAAGUUGGAUAUACAAAUGUGUGUGUGUUUGUGUGUUACAUUAAUGUUAUUUACUGUCAGUAUUGCUCACCUAUCAAGAGGAGGUCUGGAGUCUAUAAUUAGUGUUACCUUGAAGGAGAAGAAAGAGGGAGAACAACUUGUUUUGCAAAGGUGAGUCAGCAUUCUAACCAAAUAAGGCAAAAUAUCAUCCUUGACAACAUAAUCUCAGCCCUAUUUGGAGCUGGUUCAACACCUGAAAGAGCACCAGUGCUCUGAAAGACAGGCCAGAAUCUCAGCUGCUCUUCACCAGCAUUCCUGCUCUAGGUGGUCCUGCUCUGGCAGGGGGGUUGCACUUGGAUGAGCUUUUGAGGUCCCUUCCAACCCUUAAGAUUCUGUGAUUGUGUGACUUGGAGCCAACAGAUUGGCCUGGUGUCUUGAAAGAGGCCCAGUCUGAGCAGUCUCAGACUUUGGUCUGUAUUAAAAGCUGCAUGCUGCCUAAUAGUUGAGCACACUCAACGGGUGAGAAAAUAGGUGCUUCUAUCCCAGAUGAAUCAGGUGCUUCUGGUUCAGGUGAGGCCCUGCCACAGGCUCCAGAGGAAAGUGAGACAUCUCAGCACACGGUAACGAGGGAGCAGUCAGCACCCAGGGCGGAUCUUUCUCUAACUCCACGGAGUUUUGCCUCGAUUUGGCAGUUUUCAGUGUGUUGACUAUUGAUUUUUUGUAAACAGCCCCUUCCUGCCCUAUCAGGAACCACUGGGCAGCAGUGCAUGAUCUCCCCAUCAUUCCCAUUCCUCCUCUGCACCAGCCCCCACUUCACACAGCUCUAACCUCCCCUCCCUUACCCAGUUCCAACCUGUUCAAGUCUUUCUGACUGUUCUGUCUCCUCACGUGGGAAUCUUUUCCAGCCCCUGUCAUUUUUUAGCACCUGUCCCUGAAGUCAACCCUCUUCAGCAUCAUUUGCUCUGAAUGAUGCUCUGAAUCACAGGCUGAAGGGAGAGUUUGCAUGCCCAGGGUAUGCCACAGUUUCACAGAGUGAUGCUUCAACCUUCGAAGCUCCCCGUGCUGUGUCCUGACAGUGUCUUUGCUCUUUCAGCCAUCCUGGGAGCAAGCCUAUGGUUACCUCAGGGAUAUUUUUCCUUUGUGGUUACAGCUCAUGUCUUGGGAAGCUGUUUUACAGCCAGUGAGGCCAAGAAGCCUUGCUGCCAGCACACACUCACCCUCCUUCCCCUCGCCGUGCUCCAGCUGGGGAUGUGGUCAGGCUGCGGGCGCGUGAGAUCGCAUCCAGCACGGCUACUCCCUGCAAGCCAAAGUGUUGCUUAGUAACCCUCCCAUGGAAGUACCAGAAGCAUUUUUCAAUCUGUCACGUUGGCAAAGAAACCCCUGGCUCCUUGAUUUAGAGGCAUUGUGCUGUGUGGAGCAGGGCUGUGCUCCAUUACCUUCCAGCCAGCGCUAUCUGCGAGUGAGGAAACAGCCCGUUUAGUGGAGGGGGACAAAAUGAGCCUCAGAAAAUAUCUGCCUGGGAUUACCAACCCUUAGUUGGUUCUCCUGGCAUCUCUAGUCCUCAUCUUAACUCCCUUCCCGUGGGAGAUAUUCUCUCCUUAUGAAAGUGCACUCCAGGGCCCUAUAGCAAUUGGCCAAACAGGACCCCGCAGCACCUUCAUCCAUUAUGAGACAUUACUGCAAUAAAACAUGGAUGUGUCAUCCAGAAACUGGAUGAGGUAUUGCAAUAUUUAUGUUGUAAGCCUGGGUGUCAUGGACAAUUGCUGCAGAAUAAUGUAUGUCUUCCUUUAAUGCACUGGAGUUGCAGCAGCUUCACAAGAGCACACGGGACACAGCCCGCCUGGGAUUACAUGGGUUCCUCUUCAAAUUAUCCUGUUACAGAGAGCUAAAUGAAAAGCAUCCCCUCAUUUAAAAAGAGACCAUAAAGGCUUUUUAGGUUACUCCCUUCCCCUUUUAAGAAUAAUUCAGUUUGGGAGCAAAACAUCCAAGAAGCACGUUGUGACUUCAGCUGACACUGGUUUAGCCUUCAAAAUGGCUUGGAAAAGUAACUUGAGGGCUUUUGUUUGAUGUACCUUAUUGAUUUUUGCUAUCAGAUCUCCUCAGUCUGGAAGUGAAAAAGGUAUUUUAAGCAAUGUCUGGCUUCAAACUCUGGGCUCCAGCAGUGUUCUUCCCAUCCUACUUCUUGUCAUGACUGAGAGCAGAGCCGUGGUUUGUGUCCAGUCACCGUACCACUCAUUUCUGUGGCUUGCCUCUUGUUGUCUCAUUGUGUCCUGGAAGCCCUCUGCAUAAAAAAAUGAAGGGGUUUUAUAAGGGGCAUGGAAGGUCCAGAGUGGUCUGAAAGCAAGGCUGGUAGACAAAUGUUCCUGAGGGGCUUUUUUUGCUCUUCAGAGAGUCUUUUACCUGGGGUGAUGCUCAAAGCAUCACAAGUUCACCACUUGAUUUCUGCAGACUUUCUGGGGAAGUGAAUGCAAUCCUGUGGCCCUUCUUAGUCUGAACAGAUCCAUCUGGGCAUGGGAUAAAGAGUCUUUCAGUGUCAUAGCACUCAGUUGCUGUUUUGUUGCCUGUGGCUUAAGAAACAACAAGAAAUGAUCAAAAACCGUUCCCCGUGGCUGGUGUGUGGCCAACACAAGAGCAACUGGUGACUUGCUGCGGGGUCCAAGGGCAGGAGUGUCUGCACCAUUCAGAAUGAACUGGCUUCUCUAGCAGGCAGGAGCAGUUUUUGGCAGGGCAGCCAAAGGCUGUGAAGGCCUGAGCUACCUUUUAAUUCUUAGGACUCUGUGUGCCAGCUGAGGACUGAUGGAAAUCUUGCCCUUGUGAUGCUUUGCUCUGUGGAAAGAGGAUUCAGAGAAGCACCAAGUGUACAAUGCAUCGUUUGUUUUCAAAGUAGCAGGGUAUCUGUUUCCAGUCUUCUAAUGCAUUCACCUUGAAGUUUGGCUGUAAUUAAAUAGUCUUGUCUUACCAGCUAGCCAUUGAAGCAAAGGAACUGUUGUUACAAAGAGAGCAGGCUGGGGAAGAGCUGGGUAACUUCUAGGCACCACUGAGAGAACACAUCCACCCCCUGCAUUCACAGGGGAAGAGCUCCUCUUUCUUUGCAGGUUCUGCACAGUGAAAUGAUUUGAUCUGAGACAGAUUUUGGAGUUGAGUCAGCUACAGAGCAGGAUAUAGUCUACUGACCUUAAUUCUUGUCGUUCAGUUGUUGAGGUUCCUGUUGAGAUUCUCUUUUCAUGCUACUCACAGCCUUCUUUGACAUUGAGGAUGCUUUAGGUUCUCCCUGUCUCACCUAACUGGGAGCUGCUUGCUUUGUGGAAAGCACAAAGUCUGGCUUGGAAGCUGCCCCUGUUCCUGGCUGUACAGAUCCCCACUUGUACGUGGAGCCCCUGCAUCACAGUGGCUUCUGCAAUGCAAUAACUGCAGCGUCAAGGUGGGGUGCUUGGAGCAAACUUAGGGGUACUUCAACCUUAGCAUGGGUAGAAAACGAGUCACUGAAAAGGUGACAGAGCUGAAGUCUUCUUACUCUGAGCCACCACCGUGUUUUCUACCAUAUGCCAACCGCUGGCUCUGCUUUGCAGCAGGAGAGAACUUGACUUUUGUGUCUUUGAGCUGGAGCCGUUGCUGUUGGGUCUUUCCACGAGGUGCUGGUGAAUUGCAAAGCUAACCUUGUCACAGGGGUGGUGUGCUGCCUUCCAGAGCUUCUCACCACCAAGUCAAACAGGCUAAUGCCUGGCAGGGAGUAGCCUGGAGGAGCUGUGGCUGCUGCUGGGCCAUGGAAAUGUUGGUCUUUGGGGCAAUAGGUGAUAAGGAUUGUGAGAAGGAUUGAUGAUGCUUGUGAGGAAAAGCCCAGCAGGGUCAGAUGAAGCUGAAUUGUCCCCUUGGGCACACAGUAAGCAAGAAUGAGUGAGGGAGGGGAAAAAUAAGGCCUCCUGUCUGAGGAAUGCUCAGAUAUCCCUUCCUUCAGAGGAGAAAGCCUCCUGUGAGCGAUCCUGGGUAGGCGGGCUCCCGGGGCUGGGGAGACACAUCCCUGCAGCGUGUUUGUCACCGUGUCUUCCGUUGUGUAAACGUGCCACAAGAGGAGCAAAAUGCCCUUCCCUUCUUUCCAGUUCCUCCUCAGCUCUGUACACUACCUCCAGGUUGCCUGUUGCCACCCCCUGCGAGGCCUCGUUGGAGUUUACACCGUGCUGCUUGGUGUUUGUUUGUUUUGGUGGCCACAGACUGAGGUUACAGGUUUGGGAACCAGUACCUAGUUGUAAGGACAGUUUCUUGUGCUGUUUCUUUUCCUUUGUAAAGUGUGACCCUUUCUUUUUGAGCUCAGAAGUGACUGUAUCGUUACAAUGUGUGUAUGUAGAGAUUUGUUCUGACAUGGCUUGUGUGGAGAACCUUUGCUCUUCUUAUCUCACACUCAGUUUUGUUAAGUGCUUGAUAGCUUUG